GAGAAGUGUUGCUAAUAUCCGGGAAUGGAAAGGGAAGAACCGCCGGGGUGAGGCAUAAUCGUUCUAGAGUGACGCCUUUUGCUGGAAGAGCACUGCUGGGGUUAGGAUUCUGCGCAGCGAGGCAAGAUGCUCAAGUCCAAGACGUUCUUAAAAAAGACCCGGGCGGGCGGCGUGAUGAAGAUCGUGCGCGAGCACUACCUGCGAGACGACAUCGGCUGCGGUGCGCCCGGGUGCGCAGCGUGUGGCGGGGCGCACGAGGGGCCGGCCCUGGAGCCGCAGCCCCAGGACCCGGCGAGCAGCCUCUGCCCGCAACCGCACUACUUGCUGCCCGACACUAAUGUGUUACUGCACCAGAUUGAUGUUCUUGAGGACCCUGCCAUCAGGAAUGUAAUUGUGCUACAAACAGUUCUUCAAGAAGUGAGAAAUCGCAGUGCCCCCGUAUAUAAACGCAUCCGAGAUGUGGCUAAUAACCAAGAGAAGCAUUUCUAUACUUUCACUAAUGAGCACCAUAGAGAAACCUAUGUAGAACAAGAACAGGGAGAAAAUGCUAAUGACAGGAAUGAUAGAGCGAUUCGAGUAGCAGCAAAAUGGUACAAUGAACAUUUGAAAAAAAUGUCAGCAGACAACCAGCUGCAAGUUAUCUUCAUAACAAAUGACAGGAAAAACAAAGAGAAAGCCAUAGAAGAAGGAAUACCAGCUUUCACUUGUGAAGAAUAUGUAAAGAGCCUAACUGCUAACCCCGAACUCAUAGAUCGUCUUGCUUGUUUGUCUGAAGAAGGGAAUGAAAUAGAAAGUGGAAAAAUAAUAUUUUCAGAGCAUCUUCCCUUAAGUAAGCUACAGCAAGGCAUAAAAUCUGGUACAUACCUUCAAGGAACAUUUAGAGCCAGCAGGGAAAAUUACUUGGAAGCUACAGUAUGGAUUCAUGGCGACAAUGAAGAAAAUAAAGAGAUAAUCUUACAGGGACUUAAACAUUUAAACAGAGCUAUUCACGAAGAUAUUGUGGCUGUGGAGCUUCUCCCCAAGAGUCAGUGGGUAGCACCAUCUUCUGUGGUUUUACAUGAUGAAGGUCAAAAUGAAGAAGAUGUGGAGAAAGAAGAAGAGAGAGAACGAAUGCUUAAGACUGCUGUAAGCGAGAAAAUGUUGAAGCCUACAGGUAGAGUUGUAGGAAUAAUAAAAAGGAAUUGGAGACCAUAUUGUGGCAUGCUUUCCAAGUCUGACAUUAAGGAGUCAAGAAGACAUCUCUUUACACCUGCUGAUAAGAGAAUCCCUCGAAUUCGCAUAGAAACCAGACAGGCUUCCACAUUAGAAGGACGGAGAAUUAUUGUUGCUAUUGAUGGUUGGCCCAGAAAUUCCAGAUAUCCAAAUGGACACUUUGUGAGAAAUUUAGGUGAUGUUGGAGAGAAAGAGACUGAAACAGAAGUUUUGUUACUUGAACACGAUGUUCCCCAUCAGCCUUUUUCACAGGCUGUUCUUAGUUUUCUGCCAAAGAUGCCCUGGAGCAUUACCGAAAAGGACAUGAAAAACCGAGAAGACCUGAGGCAUCUGUGUAUUUGUAGUGUAGACCCACCAGGAUGUACUGAUAUAGACGAUGCUCUACAUUGUCGAGAACUCGAAAAUGGAAAUUUGGAGGUUGGUGUUCAUAUUGCUGAUGUGAGCCAUUUUAUUAGGCCAGGAAAUGCCUUGGAUCAAGAAUCAGCCAGAAGAGGAACAACUGUGUAUCUUUGUGAAAAGAGGAUUGACAUGGUUCCAGAGUUGCUUAGCUCUAACUUGUGUUCCUUAAAAUGUGACGUGGACAGGCUGGCAUUUUCAUGUAUUUGGGAAAUGAAUCACAAUGCUGAAAUCUUAAAAACGAAGUUUACCAAAAGUGUUAUUAAUUCAAAGGCAUCUCUGACAUAUGCUGAAGCUCAGUUGAGAAUUGAUUCAGCAAACAUGAAUGAUGAUAUUACCACUAGUCUCCGUGGACUGAAUAAACUAGCCAAAAUUCUGAAGAAAAGAAGGAUUGAAAAAGGGGCUUUGACUCUUUCCUCUCCUGAAGUUCGAUUCCACAUGGACAGUGAAACUCACGAUCCUAUAGAUCUGCAGACCAAGGAACUUAGGGAAACAAAUUCCAUGGUUGAAGAAUUUAUGUUACUUGCCAAUAUUUCUGUUGCAAAAAAAAUUCAUGAGGAAUUUUCUGAACAUGCUCUGCUUCGAAAACAUCCUGCUCCACCUCCAUCAAAUUAUGAAAUUCUUGUUAAGGCAGCCAGGUCAAGGAAUUUGGAAAUUAAGACUGAUACAGCGAAGUCUUUGGCUGAGUCUUUGGAUCGGGCCGAAUCUCCUACUUUUCCAUAUCUAAACACUCUGUUGAGAAUAUUAGCCACUCGCUGUAUGAUGCAAGCUGUGUACUUCUGUUCUGGAAUGGAUAAUGAUUUUCAUCACUAUGGCUUAGCGUCUCCAAUAUACACACAUUUUACUUCACCCAUUAGAAGAUACGCAGAUGUCAUUGUUCAUCGGCUUUUGGCUGUGGCUAUUGGGGCUGACUGUACUUAUCCAGAGUUGACAGACAAACACAAGCUUGCAGAUAUAUGUAAAAAUCUAAAUUUCCGGCACAAAAUGGCUCAAUAUGCCCAACGUGCAUCAGUGGCUUUUCAUACCCAGUUAUUUUUCAAAAGCAAAGGAAUAGUAAGUGAAGAAGCCUAUAUUUUAUUUGUAAGAAAGAAUGCCAUUGUGGUAUUAAUUCCAAAGUAUGGUUUAGAAGGGACAGUCUUUUUUGAAGAAAAGGACAAACCAAAUCCACAGCUUAUUUAUGAUGAUGAGAUACCCUCACUUAAAAUAGAAGAUACAGUGUUCCAUGUAUUUGAUAAAGUUAAAGUGAAAAUCAUGUUAGACUCAUCUAAUCUUCAACAUCAGAAAAUCCGAAUGUCCCUGGUAGAACCACAGAUACCAGGAAUAAGCAUUCCUACUGAUACUUCAAACAUGGACCUUAAUGGACCAAAGAAAAAGAAGAUGAAGCUUGGAAAAUAGCUAUAUUCAACAAAAGUCUUCAAAGACUGGUUUCUUUUUUAAAAGAAAAAACUUGAAAGAACACUUCUAAGCCUAAGUGUGUGAUACGGUUUGUUACUUUUAAGUACAUUUUAAUAAUUUCAGACAUUUGCAUUUUUAUUGAACAGUUGAAUGUAUCUGACCCAUCAUACUACUUUACUUCUGGGUUGAACAGAAUUAUUUAUGCAGAAUAAUUCAAUUGAAUAUCCGUCACUUAAAUACAGUGACAGGACAGCAACUUCAGGGAUCUGUAAAGAUCAUUUAAAUGGAGUGCUCAUCUCAUUGAGGAGCAGAUUAAUUUUGCAUAAGUACUUUGAUUAUUUAAUAUUUGUAAGAAAAAACUUUCAUUUUCCUACAGAGGGAAACAGAACAAUUUUAGAAGCAAGGAACAAUCUCUUUUCUAAGUCUUGGAAGCUGUCAGUGUUGAGGAUGUAAUCUCCUUUGCCAUCUUUAAUUCACCUAACUUACACUAGGUGUUCUCUUACUGUCUUUAAAAGCUUCCUGUAUUUUAUUAGUGGUCCUUGAAAAACUGUGAAUGUUUGGGAAUUGGUAGAAAGGCAAAAAGUAGGAUAUUUUGACCUGACUGGAAAGAUGAUUGUGUUUUUAUUACCGGGUAAUAAGUGUGAUCAUUGUCGAACUUCAGCUCCAGUGUCUCUCCAGAAUAAGACAUUGGCAUUCAAAUGUCUAUAUCUUGUUACUUACAAAAUAAAAAACAUAAUUAGUGGCUUUUAAA